AUGGUUCUGACAUCAACUCCAAGGACGUCGGUCACUUUGAUCGGAGCGGGUACGCAAGGAAGACGACUUGCGUUCAUGUGGUCGAGUAGAGGAAACGAUGUCCAUCUGGUCGACGGCCAGGAAGCCCAGCUUCAAGCCAGCAUCAAGGCCAUUGAGGAGUUUCGACAAAGUUCAAGCAACAGAAAUGCUUCUUGGGGUAGAAUCAUCACGCAUUCUCCCGAAAGCUUGCGCGAGGCUCUUCAGGCUGCUUGGCUAGUGGUCGAGGUUAGCAACUCUGAUAUCACAAAUGGCCAAAUGCUGACUGAAAAGUGUGUACCUGAGCAAAUCGAGCUCAAGACGAAGGUCAUCUCAGAGCUUGAUGCACUUGCUCCGCGAGAUACUAUCAUUGCGUCAAACUCGAGUAGUUAUUCCUGUUCGGAGAUAUUGAAGGGUCUUAACCUGAGAAAUGAGACGCGUUUUCUGAGCGCUCAUUCUUAUUGGCCACCUGAGACACCCGAAAUCGAGAUCAUGGGCCAUGAAACAACCAAUCCUUCAUACAUCACACUGAUGAUGGAGCAAUGCAAAGCCCACGGAUUCUCACCGUUUCAUGUGAAGUCACCCUCAAUGGGAUACAUCUACAACAGGAUAUGGGCAGCCAUCAAGAGAGAAGCCCUCCUAGCAGCCUCAGAAGGCGCUGCAACACCAGAAGAGAUCGACAAUAUUUUCAAAGGAGUAUUGAAAACACCCAAAGGGCCCUUUGAGCAGAUGGAUGUCGUUGGUUUAGAUGUUGUUCUGGAUAUCGAGCAGCAUUAUGCGGAUGCGAGAGGAAACAUCCCGAGUGCGCCGCGAGAAUAUCUUCAGAAGUUUUUGGAGGAAGGUAAUCUAGGCGUUAAGAGCGGGCGAGGAUUUUAUGAUUAUGGUAAAUCUUAG